CGGUAGAGAAGAUUUGGAGCCCCCCAAGGGUGAGUACAAUGGGCUCUGGCAAGUCCCGAUCCUGGCCCAAGUCUCUGGCUCCGCUGGAUUGUCCCUUAGGCUCUCCCACUCUCUCGGUUUUUCCCCCUCCCCGCCACCAUUUGCAUCUUGCCGAAAGCCGAGCCCUUCCCACUCAUUUGCAUAUCUUAUAUGGCCUAAUGGUGGCGAUCAUGGCAAGUUAGAAGUUUUCUGACUCCUCUCGGAGGAGACUCCGGGACCCUGGGGAGUAACAGGUGUCUGGAGGCUAAAGGGUGGAGGGGUUCCAGGACUUGGGGUUCUCUUGUAAAACUCCCCUCCACCCUCCUCUCUCACACCCACCCAUCCCCUCACACCCUUCUUUUUCCGACCUUGGAAAAUGGUGUCCAAGCUCACCUCGCUACAGCAAGAACUCCUGAGCGCCCUGCUGAGCUCUGGAGUCACCAAAGAAGUGCUGAUCCAGGCCUUAGAGGAGUUACUGCCGUCCCCGAACUUCGGGGUGAAACUGGAGACGCUGCCCCUGUCCCCCGGGAGCGGGGCGGAUCUGGACACCAAGCCGGUUUUCCAUACUCUCACCAAUGGCCACUCCAAGGGUCGAUUGUCUGGGGACGAGGGCUCGGAGGACGGGGACGACUAUGACACCCCUCCCAUCCUCAAGGAGCUGCAAGCACUCAACACCGAAGAGGCCGCGGAGCAGCGGGCAGAGGUGGACCGGAUGCUCAGUGAGGAUCCUUGGAGAGCUGCCAAAAUGAUCAAGGGCUACAUGCAGCAGCAUAACAUCCCCCAGAGGGAGGUGGUUGAUGUCACAGGCCUGAACCAAUCCCACCUCUCCCAGCACCUCAACAAGGGCACCCCAAUGAAGACCCAGAAGCGAGCUGCCCUGUACACCUGGUACGUCAGAAAGCAACGGGAGAUCCUCCGACAGUUCAACCAGACAGUCCAGAGCUCUGGAAAUAUGACAGACAAAAGCAGUCAGGAUCAGCUGCUAUUUCUCUUUCCAGAGUUCACUCAACAAAACCAGGGGCCUGGGCAGUCCGAGGAUGCCUGCUCUGAGCCCGCCAACAAGAAGAUGCGCCGCAACCGGUUCAAAUGGGGGCCCGCAUCCCAGCAAAUUUUGUACCAGGCCUACGACCGGCAAAAGAAUCCCAGCAAGGAAGAGAGGGAGGCCUUAGUGGAAGAGUGUAACAGGGCAGAAUGUUUGCAACGAGGGGUCUCCCCCUCCAAAGCCCAUGGCCUAGGCUCCAACUUGGUCACAGAGGUCCGUGUCUACAACUGGUUUGCAAACCGCAGGAAGGAAGAGGCAUUCCGGCAGAAGCUGGCCAUGGAUGCCUAUAGCUCCAACCAGACACACAAUCUGAACCCCCUGCUCACCCAUGGCUCCCCUCAUCACCAGCCCAGCUCCUCUCCUCCCAACAAGCUGUCAGGAGUGCGCUACAGCCAGCAGGGAAACAAUGAGGUCACUUCCUCUUCAACAAUCAGUCACCAUGGCAACAGUGCCAUGGUAACCAGCCAAUUGGUUUUACAGCAAGUCUCCCCAGGCAGCCUGGACCCAGGCCACAGUGUCCUCUCACCUGAUGGUAAAAUGAUUACUGUCUCAGGAGGAGGACUUCCCCCCGUCAGCACCUUGACGAAUAUCCACAGCCUCUCCCACCACAAUCCCCAGCAAUCUCAGAACCUCAUCAUGACCCCCUUGUCUGGAGUCAUGGCCAUUGCACAGAGCCUCAACACCUCCCAAGCCCAGAGUGUUCCUGUCAUCAACAGUGUGGCCAGCAGCCUGGCAGCCCUCCAGCCUGUCCAGUUCUCCCAACAGCUACACAGUCCACACCAGCAGCCCCUUAUGCAGCAGAGCCCAGGCAGCCACAUGGCCCAGCAGCCCUUCAUGGCUGCGGUAACUCAGCUACAGAGCUCCCACAUGUAUUCACAUAAACAAGAACCCCCUCAGUAUUCCCACACCUCCCGAUUUCCAUCUGCGAUGGUGGUCACAGAUACCAGUAGCAUCAAUACCCUUACCAGCAUGUCUUCAAGUAAACAGUGUCCACUGCAAGCCUGGUGAUGCCUACAUAACCACUCACUUUGUGUGCAGCAACAAGGACCCCAUUUUCCACGCCAUCAAGUCUCUCUGGGCAGCUGUCGUAGAAAAGCCCAGUGAUGCGAUGAGCACCCGGGAGCCCAGGAGAGGUCCCUGCUGACCUGACACCCUGCAGGCACCUUGAACAACCUGCUCUCUCGAGGUGCAGCUUGAAGCCUAGCUUCCCUUCUCUGCAGUAUUGUCAUGAUGCCUCUCCCGAGACGCCAAGUGCCCUUGUUUCUCCCAGAGGUGGCUGGUGCCAAGUGGUGCAACAGGAAGCGAGAAAACCAUGGAGUCUACGCGGCAAUCCUUCAUCGAACAAACUGAUGCAAAAACUUGAAUCUGUUACUGAAAUGACCAGGAGGACCGGAGAGAAUGUGUGCUAUUGAACUGAGCCAGACACUGUAAAUACUGACAAGACUCCCUCUCCCAUCCCAGAUGAUUUAAAGAUUUCUUCUAAAGAAGUAAAUUUGUCCAAUGGGUGUAAACUAUAAACUAUUGUAAUUAAGUGCAAUUUCCCUUCCAAGUAUCUACCCCCACCCUGUAUAUAUUACUAAAGUGUCUAUCACUUUUCUUUGUAAAGGUCAGAGUUGAAAUUCCAAAAGUAACGUGUUCCCUCCCCACUCCCCAUGGAAAAACACCCACAGUGGGAAAUGAAUCUCUUUACCUCCCCUCCGGCCACAGGGAUGGCAUACUUUGGACAGGCUGCCAGCUAGCUCUGUUCUCCUGACAUUAAGACACACCUCUGGAUCUCUAGAGGGGUGGGACGUAGUGGCAGCGUGAUGCCCUAGCUUCCCGCGGGCCUGGGGCUCAGCCAGUGGCUCCUCCACGAAAUUCCAGGGCAGGGAUACUGACUGGCUAACAGCCAUCUCAGGAAGCCUCCCAUUAAAGCAAUUUAUUUUGUCACUG